AUGGUCGUAUUGACUGCGCUCUGCGUCACUCUCACUUUACUCUGGGCAGCCACCCUGCACGCAGUUUCCACAAAUCUGGUCUUGUGUUUUGAGUAUGGCGUACACAUUGGCAUGCACCUUAGCUUACUCGAACGAGCCUUUGUACGCGAGCAACUAGAAUUUCUACGCGUUUAUCCCCCGGUAAUAGGAACAUGGGUAGGAUUUCGGUUUUGGUACUGGCUUUCUCAUUGGAACGAUGAGGUUGCGCCGUUGGACAGUGAUAACGGACAUGAAAAAGUGCAUCCGGAAGAGGGAAUUGAUGAGGCAGAAGACUCUGUGAUUAAUAGCAUUGUAAGAGAUGACGAAGCAGAAGAAAAUAAUAGACGUGGAGAAGAGGAGGUAGACAGCAGCGCAAAUGAGCCAGGAGUAUUUGAGCGCUGGAUAAACGAAGAUCCCAAUCACGAGAUGCUCACAGAUAACGGCAGCAAAGUCAGUCACAACAACGAGGUAGAGGAUAUCGUUAUAGAUGCAAAUGCUGGGCCUCAGACUCUGACGGUGACAGUGGCCGCGGCUGUGACUGUUUAUAUCAAAGUCAGAGUGGAAGCUGCAGGAGGGAAUGAUGACAUGAUGUAA